AUGCGAAACACGUACCGUAGCACGAACUUCAUCAACCAAGUGAGAAUCCAGAAAUUUCCCGACGAAACUGAUCACCUGGUCACGUCUUGUAAGUACAUUUCGGUAGAACUAGCCUUACUUAAAGCGCUUAAUGUGGACAGAACCAGCGCAAGCUGGGAAGACGAGCGAAGAUGGAUUGGAAUAAGGAGUGGGAAGAAGCCUUUUUCCAACGAACGCAACCGUGCAUGUAAAAACAAACAGGCGAACUUCCUGGAACCCGUGACCGAUGAUAGAGAUUUGCUCCCCUGCGAGGAGUCAAGGACCUUCGGAAAUCAGUUCUCCUCAGCGGGUUGGUUAGUAGUUACCUGCGCCAGCUAG